AGCGCGCAGCUCUUUGUUGUUGGUGAAGAGAUGAAAAUAUUGUUGUUGCUGUCGCUGUGAAGCUGCGGAGACGCUUCGGUGGCGGAAGGGCAGCGAACACCGGGCUGAAGCGGGUUUAACGGGAUCCUUUGAUGAUUGACGGUGGUCGGGUGGCGCAGCGGGGAGUUCGGUGAACAUGGACGAGCUGAGGCACCAGGUCAUGAUCAACCAGUUUGUUUUGACGGCCGGAUGCGCCGCGGACCAGGCGAAGCAGCUGCUGCAAGCGGCCCACUGGCAGUUUGAGACGGCCUUGAGCUCCUUCUUCCAGGAGGCCCACAUGCCCCCCCACCACCACCAGAUGAUGUGCACCCCCAGGAACACCCCCGCCACACCGCCCAACUUCCCGGACACCAUCACCAUGUUCUCCAAGCUGCGGGCGUCGGAGUGCCCCCCUCUCUCCUCCCAGGCGCCGUCCAUGGCCUGCUCCCCCCCGGCACCCUCCCCGGGAUUCGGCUCCUUCUGGGCCUGCUCGCCGCCGGGCCACCAGCCGGCCUGGCUGCCCCCGUCGUCGCCCACGGGGCACCACCUGCACCACCACUUCCACCUGUCACAGACCCCCAUGUGGCCACCGGCCGGCUCCCAGCCUGGAGGGGCCACGCAGACCCCCGUCGUGUCGGCACUCCACGGCCAGAGAUGAGGUGGCGCAGUUUUGGGCAGGUGGGAGGUGGGGGGAUGUUGGGUUGGGUGGGGUUGAUCAUGGGAAGUGUUUUUUCUAAACUGAAGACCGGAUGGAGAUGAGGGUGGAGGUGAUGAUAAAGGUGGGGGUGAGGACACCGAGCAACAUGAUGGUCUUCAUCGUCUGCUCAAACAGAUCCAGCAGAGCUCAGCUCUUCUUCUCUGGUUCAGAACCCGUCCCACAGGAAGUAACCAGCAGAAAAACCACCAGAGGGUUUGAGGGUGAACGACCUUGAGGUCGUCAGGUCAGAGGUCAUCAAGCAGAGAGACUUUAAAGACUCACCUGGAUGAGCAAAUAUUCUCUGCUCCUCAGAAAGAAUUUGUCGGCGUCCCAACCCAAAUAAAGAUGGCCGCCGUCGUGACAUCACUUCCUGUCCAGCCUCUGAUCCACUAGACUCUCUAGUCCAACGAUUCAGUAAAACUACAACUUUCUCUGGUGUUCUGACAGAAAAACUGCAGCUUGAACAGCAACGUGGCCUGUGGGCUUCUGGGAAAUGUAGUCAGCAGGAACCAGACAUUUAAUAAAUAACAAAGGUAAUUAGAGAAAGAAUUACUAGUUGGAAGAUUCUUUUGUUGUUGACCUUUAUUUUGAGAAACAACAUUUGAUGAUUAGUUAACUUAAAUGUGAUCAUUUCUGGAAUACAAACUGUCACAAUACUUCUACCAGAUUUGUGUGCAUUUACCCUUUAAAGAAAUAAUAUUUUCAAUAAGUUCCUUUAUUACAAAAGUUAAUCCUUUUAUUCAAAGAAGACUUUAAAAAGUUGUUUUUGGGGUGAUGACAGGUUUUAAUGCUUCUUUCAAAAGCCUCGACAGGAGCUUUGAGUGGAAGAUAAUAACAUUCAAUUUCAAUAUAUUCACGUUUUUAUAAUGUUGAUGCAAACCGCAUUUGACGGAAGACGAUGCGCUAGUGAGGAAAACAAGAGUUUAAUGAGAAAGUGAAGAUGUGAGCGAUGGCAAUAAUCCUCACUCGGGUUCACUUCCUGGUUUUCUUCUUCUAAUGGGACUGUCCUACCUCGAACCUCUCCGGGUUCCCUCUGCAGCAAGAGGAGACCCUCCACUUGCUCAUGAGACCCUCGCCAGGAGUUCAAAGCAGCAGCGUGUCCAUCAGGUCUUCUAAUGCGGUGAUGUCAUCAGCGGAACAGAUGUGCCACACCUCUGGACUGGUCUUUGUUUACGUCUAUAGUUUCCGGGGCUUCUGCAGGUUCCACAAACUUUACUUUUGUAUUUCGCAGGCGGACUGAGGAUCGUGAUGUCGCAGUCUUUUAUUUACAUGUUUUUCCUCCAAUAAAAACAAAGCAUAUUGUUUAUUAUUUCA